CCCCCGUCAGCCUUCCCCGUGGCGGGAAGGACACCGGGAAGGACGCGCUGCGGAGCCUCAUCACGGUGCCUCGGGCACAGAGCGAGGAGCUCUCCGCACGCGCGUCCAUGAGGCUCCAGGUCUGCGGUGACAGCGGCGUCCACGUGGGGCCCAGAGUGGGUCACGCCCCUGGGGUGCGCCCCUGAGCUGCUCUCGACUCAUUUAUCCAUCAGACACCAGGUCUCUGCAGAUCUGCGUGCAAGUCCCAUCGGAACCAAUGUGCGAGCUUAACAACUUCAGCAACAUGAACGGUAUUGCUCGUUUUAAAUGCUCCACUGAUGAUAGUUUAUAUUGAAGACAUCAAAUACAUUCAAAAUUUCAGGUCAGAGCUCCCUUUCUGGAGGCCGUGGUGAGGAAGUUUGAUGACGUCUAUGAAAAGGGAAGCGAGAGCAAAGAGUGUGACAACCUGUUCACCAUCAUUGCCCAUUUGUAUGACUUCCACGUGGCAGUCUCUCCUCAUUUUCGACAUUUUGGAAAAACUGGGAAUUUCACAGAGAGAGAAAGAUAUGGAACUGAUCCUAUUAAUGCUGAGAAAUGUGGGCUUUUUGUUGAGAAAAGAUGAUGUUUUGUCCCUGGAAGUGAUCACAGAGACCCAGGCCAAAGCCAUCGGGGCAGGAGGCAAGUUCCAGGACAAGACCAGGAUUCGCUUUAUGCUGGAAAUGAUGUUGGUCCUGAAGAGCAAUAAAAUGCAGAGGAUUCUGGGCUAUGACCCUGAGCCUGUAGAGAAACUGAGGAAAUUGCAAAGAGCUUUGGAUCGUGGACACAUCCCCCAGCAGCUCCUCAAGGAGCUGUUGGGGGACAGCAUGGCCCUUGAGGCUGAACAGGUCCAGAGGAUGAACCAGCCCGCCCACCUGAGCUGGGAGAUGGAGCAGCAGUCAGAAGCCUCCAGCCAUAUUCUAGAGUUGAAAAGAGAAAACAAGGGCACGGUACAGGAGCUGCAAGGUGCCUCCAUCGCCCUGCAGGAAAGCAGCAUUAAGUAUAAGGAGCUGAAAGAGGAGAACCAGCAGCUCCAAAAGCAGAUGGAAGAGUUGCAGUUGCAGCUAUUGCAGGAAAAGGAUAACAGCCAGGAGUGGGAGAGCCUCACUGAGGAGCUCGUGAAAGAACUAGAGCAGCUGCUCCAUGAAGUUGACACCCUGAAGGCAGACAGAGCCCUGCAGAUGUUAGAGUUGGAGAGGCAACUCCAAAAAGAAAAGGACAACAGCCAGAACUUAGAGAACAUCAAUAAGGAGCUAUUGAAUGACCUAAAGCAGGUGCUCGACGCAGUAGACACCGUAAAGGCGGAGGCCCCACAGCUGGACCCUUCCAUUCUGGCCUCCAAGAACCAGCAGGCGGCCAAGGAGAGGGAGUGGGAGGAGCUGUACGAGCUGCUGGAGCAGCUGAUUGAAGUCCACGAGGCCCUGCUGCAGGACCACGCAUGCCUGGGGGCGCUCCAUGACCAGCUGUCUGGGCAGUACCAGGCCCUCACGGAGGAGCACAGCCGCCACAAGACCCUGCUGCGCGGUUCCCUGGAAAUGGAGAGCAAGGCGUUCAGGCGUAGGGAGCAGGACCAGCGCCAACAUGAGGAAUCCCUGCAGGAGCUGAGGAAGCUCCUGAACACCCAGAGGGAGGCUCUGAAACAGGAGCAGGAGGCGAACACCCUGGCCGCCCAAGAGAAGGAGAGGCUGCGGCAGGAACUUGACAGAGCCAACUUCUGGAGCCAGCUGGUGAAGGGGGAGCAGAAUGAGCUGCGCAUCCAGAGCAAAGGCAUGCAAAUGUCCCUCGAGAAGCUGCAGCAGGAAGUGAGGCUCUGGCAGGCCCGGUACGAAGGGGCGAAGGAGGACCUGCAGAGCAUGGAAAUCUCGGUGAAGAAGCUGAGCAGCCAGUGCGAGGUGCUCUCCAGUGUGAAGGAGAACUUAGAAGAGGAGAAAGAUAACCUCAAGAGCCAGAUUGACACAUUGGCCAACAGGAACAGUCGGCUUCUAAAUGAGAAUGAGGACAAUGCUCAGCGCAUAGAAGAAGGAAACUUACUGACAGUAAAAGAAGAGGAGGAAACAAUCAUGGAUACUGCUCCCAGGAAGAAAAAGCGCUGGAUUGGAGCCAGAACCUUUAUCAAAUUCUUCAAAUGCAAAAACAACGGCUCUGGAGAACCAGCGGAGCCGACCCCAGACAGCCCGCCCGGGCCCCUGGAGGCUACGCCAUCAUGCUCAUACCGGAUGGAAGAGCGAGACGCCCCCAGUGUGCCUGUGGGAAAAGCCGCUCGGCACAAAAAGAACAAAAGGAAGCAGACAGACAAGUCACCAGCGGCCCGCCCGGCUUUGUUGAAGCGCCUUCGGUGCUGGUCAUCCUCGGACAUCCCACCCCCUUCUAAAUAGGCUCUCCCUUUCCCAGACACUUGAGAUUCCUUUCCCUUUACCAGUUCCUCACCAAAUACCCCCCCCCCCCAUUUAUGAAGGAAAAAAAAAAAAGGAAAACCACCAAUGACCCGUACCGAAAGGCCAGAGGACCCAUAGUGGCCCCUCCUCCUGACCCCAAAGCAGCUCCUGAGCCUUCAAACUACCAACGUGCCUCUGAGGACAACGGCCUCCUCUCCUGUCUGCCUGCGGUGCCUGGAGCGGCUGUAGAACGAGGAAAGGGGUUCCCGUGCUGCUUCCAUUUAUCCUGUUAGUGACAACGCUGCGCCAGCCCUAAGGGUCACACACCCAUAUGUGGAACUCCUGUCUGACCCUCCAGCCACUGGUAUCUUUUGAACAAAUGCACUUUGGCCUGGGGAUGCUCACAAUGCAAUGAUGAACCGACUUCCCAGAGGCAGCCACUAUGUGAGCGUGCCCCUUAGGACACGUGUUAGCUACUUCACCUCCAUUUAAGCGUGCGUGUGCGUGUGCGGGGGAGCAGAUACACGCACGCACUCUCUCAGGGCUGGGCCCUCGUGGGUCGGACACUCGACUCCCUCUCCCAGAAGCCUGGUGGUCCCAGGAGAAGCCCAGACCAGCCAAACUUGAGGUCCUGGGUGGAUCCUGGUGUCAGGCUCACUGUUAACCCAGAGUGUUGCCAAGUCAGGCCUGGGCCCCACAUCCUUCAGGCCAGGGUGGUCUUCCAGGCAGGUGGCCUCAGGCUUUGCCUCUCUCCAGCUGGCUCCUGGGCCACCCUGCUCACUUUUCUGUAAACACUGGGUCUGCCCGGCCUGGGCGAUGGGCAAGAAAAGCCCUGCCCGCCCCCUCCUAGCAAGUGUCCACAGUGUGCAGAGGGGAGCGUGUGCGAGAGGCAGGUGCAGCCUGAUUUGGAAAGUGGCUGCAGCGCCUCAGUGUCCGCCAUCGAGCAUGAGACUCUCAUUUAUUAUUUUUGAGUGACUACCUGGGGUAGAAACCAAAUUUAAUAUAUUACAUACAUGUGUUCACCCUCGUGAAAUAUAUGUGCUUUGAGGUGUCCCCCAAAUAUAUAUACUACAGGGUGUCCCCCCAAAUGUAAAUACACUUUAACAGCUGAUAACUCAAUUUUCACUCCAUUUCAGGGUUAACGGAUUUGACGUAAUGGGUGAAGCCAGACUAAGCUUUGAACAAAGGAGAUAUACCCUCUGGACUUCCUUCUGGGGACACACAAAGGAUGAAGUGUCUGGUACAGAACGGGCCACAGUCCAGGCAUCGAGGCCGCUGUGGACAGAGGAUGCGCACAAACAGAACGCAGUGAUUCUUGGUGUUUGCGAUUCCAUUGCUUCCUCAGCAGCAGCGCCAGAACUAAGGCGAGCGAUGGAGGCGCAAACACCAAGAAUCGUUCCUUCGGUUGGGUGUUUGUACGUAUCUCUUUCCAUAGCUGCCCUGGAUUCCUCAACCGUUGUCUGUUGUCUACCGUCGACUUUUCUCUUUUAUGUAUCCCCAUAAAAAGCCUAGUGGAGAAAUUUUCUUUAUUCAAAGCUUAGUCUGUCUUCACCCAUUUCUUCAAAUCAGUUAAACUUGAAAAGGUGAAGAUUCAGUGAAUUGUCAGCUGUUAAAAGUGUGUGCACAUUUUUUUGGAACUAUACAAUCUGUUCCAUUGGGAGUCAUUCUCUUCCACCAGAGUCUCACCUGUGUGUACAUUUUGUGGGGGACACCCUAUAUGUUCAAAAGGCAGCCAUUCUUUUCCUUCGGGAGUUGAUUUAUUAUUUCUUUUCACUGUGUGCACAUUUUUUGGACCACCCUAUAUUUACAUUCCGUAGGGAGUCAUUCAUGUUUGUCGGGAGUCUGACCGCUGUGUACCUUCCUUGGGGGACACUCCAUGUUUACAUUCCAUAGGAAGUCAUUCAUAUUUAUCGGGAGUCUGACCGCUGUGUACCUUUUUUGGGGGACACUCCAUGUUUACAUUCCAUAGGAAGUCAUUCAUAUUUAUCGGGAGUCUGACCGCUGUGUACCUUUUUUGGGGGACACUCCAUGUUUACAUUCCAUAGGAAGUCAUUCAUAUUUAUCGGGAGUCUGACCGCUGUGUACCUUUUUUGGGGGACACUCCAUGUUUACAUUCCAUAGGAAGUCAUUCAUAUUUAUCGGGAGUCUGACCGCUGUGUACCUUUUUUGGGGGACACUCCAUGUUUACAUUCCAUAGGAAGUCAUUCAUAUUUAUCGGGAGUCUGACCGCUGUGUACCUUUUUUGGGGGACACUCCAUGUUUACAUUCCAUAGGAAGUCAUUCAUAUUUAUCGGGAGUCUGACCGCUGUGUACCUUUUUUGGGGGACACUCCAUGUUUACAUUCCAUAGGAAGUCAUUCAUAUUUAUCGGGAGUCUGACCGCUGUGUACCUUUUUUGGGGGACACUCCAUGUUUACAUUCCAUAGGAAGUCAUUCAUAUUUAUCGGGAGUCUGACCGCUGUGUACCUUUUUUGGGGGACACUCCAUGUUUACAUUCCAUAGGAAGUCAUUCAUAUUUAUCGGGAGUCUGACCGCUGUGUACCUUUUUUGGGGGACACUCCAUGUUUACAUUCCAUAGGAAGUCAUUCAUAUUUAUCGGGAGUCUGACCGCUGUGUACCUUUUUUGGGGGACACUCCAUGUUUACAUUCCAUAGGAAGUCAUUCAUAUUUAUCGGGAGUCUGACCGCUGUGUACCUUUUUUGGGGGACACUCCAUGUUUACAUUCCAUAGGAAGUCAUUCAUAUUUAUCGGGAGUCUGACCGCUGUGUACCUUUUUUGGGGGACACUCCAUGUUUACAUUCCAUAGGAAGUCAUUCAUAUUUAUCGGGAGUCUGACCGCUGUGUACCUUUUUUGGGGGACACUCCAUGUUUACAUUCCAUAGGAAGUCAUUCAUAUUUAUCGGGAGUCUGACCGCUGUGUACCUUUUUUGGGGGACACUCCAUGUUUACAUUCCAUAGGAAGUCAUUCAUAUUUAUCGGGAGUCUGACCGCUGUGUACCUUUUUUGGGGGACACUCCAUGUUUACAUUCCAUAGGAAGUCAUUCAUAUUUAUCGGGAGUCUGACCGCUGUGUACCUUUUUUGGGGGACACUCCAUGUUUACAUUCCAUAGGAAGUCAUUCAUAUUUAUCGGGAGUCUGACCGCUGUGUACCUUUUUUGGGGGACACUCCAUGUUUACAUUCCAUAGGAAGUCAUUCAUAUUUAUCGGGAGUCUGACCGCUGUGUACCUUUUUUGGGGGACACUCCAUGUUUACAUUCCAUAGGAAGUCAUUCAUAUUUAUCGGGAGUCUGACCGCUGUGUACCUUUUUUGGGGGACACUCCAUGUUUACAUUCCAUAGGAAGUCAUUCAUAUUUAUCGGGAGUCUGACCGCUGUGUACCUUUCUUGGGGGACACUAUGUUUGUGUUCUAUAGGGAGUCAGUUGUUUGCGUCGGGAGUCUCACCUGCUGCUGUGUGUUUGGCCGGGUUCCUGACACAUUUUGUUUCCUCUUGCUACUAAAGGUGCUCAUCUUGGGAUGUACUAAACCUGGUGAUUGGGGUUUUAUAAAGAUUUUCUCCGUUUGAGCUAAAGUACUGAGAAAUGUUAACAUGGUCAAUUGUCAAAGGGCUUUGGGUUGUAUAUUAAAUAGCCAUUGAUUCUGGAACACAAGGACGGGUUUGUAAUAAAAUGAGAUGUUGUAGAAUUGA